CAAUCAAUCCCACCUCUUCCACCCCCCAGCCCUUCCCUUCCAGCUCCCCCCAAACCACCAAAAUUACAAACACACAGUAGUCGGUCCCCGCAAAAACCGACCUACGACAAUGCCGCGCGAACCAGAACCCUCGCUCAACGAGCGCCAAUUCAUCCUCCAAGCCCUAGAAGAUAACCUCCGCCUCGACGGCCGCGGCUUCGACGAUGCGCGCGAUGUCGAAAUCAGCUUCGGAGACGCCUACGGCAGCGUAGACGUGCAGAUGGGGAAGACUCGCGUCCUAGCAACAAUAUCCUGUUCCCUCUCCCCCCCCGCCCCUUCGACGGCAUCUUCACCCUCACCACCGAGUUCUCCCCCAUGGCGACCCCCACCGUGGACCCCUCCCGCCCCUCCCCUCCCGAGACCCUCCUCGCGCGCCUUCUCGAUAAAACACUCCGUCGCUCCGCCGCGCUGGACACCGAGUCGCUUUGUCUCCUGGCUGGGAAGAGCGUCUGGGCUAUCCGCUGCGAUCUCCAUAUCUUGUCGCAUGGAGGGGGGUUGCUUGAUGCGUGCUGCGUCGCUGCGUUGGCGGGGCUGCUGCAUUUCAGACGCCCGGAAGUCAGCGUGGAGGGCGAGAAAGUCACAGUCUACAGCGCUGAAGAGAGGGCGCCUGUUCCGCUAAGCCUGUUGCAUCUCCCUUUCUGCGUUACGUUCUCGAUCUUUGGAAUUAGGCAGGGGGAAGAGGAGGUGGUGCUGCUUGAUGCGGAUAGGGCGGAGGAAGGGGUGAGAGAGGGGUCGGUGACGGUGGGUGUUAAUAGACAUGGGGAGGUGUGUCAGAUUGCGAAGUUGGGGGGGAGGGAGGUGGAUGCGCUGGAGUUGUUGAGGUGUGUUGGUGUUGCGGAGGGGAGGGCGAAGGUUCUUGAUGGGAUUGUGAGGAGGAGGGUGGGGGAGGAGGAGAGGAGGAGGGAUGGGGGGGUGGGGAAGGUGUUGAGUGCUGAGAAUGAGAGGUGAGCUGCGCCGUGAUGGGUUGGGUUGGGUUGUUUGGGAAUUGGAAAAGUGGAAAUAUCAUGGCGCUUUUUUGUAAGAAUGGGGGUAGGAGACUAUGGGCAUGGUCGGCCCGUGAUGGAAGGACUGUUCUCGAUAAAUCUAGAGCGGAGUGUGGGAUCGUGGACUAGUGCAUGGAGAGCCUGUUUGGGCCCCACGGCUUCCUUCGCCUUGUGGCCGUGUCUGCGGGCGAAAUUGCUGAGUUCUACGCAACAAACCAAUCCUCGAGGCCGAGAAGCCUCCGCAUACCCUACGAAAUGACUGUAGAGUUGUCACGUAUAGAGUAUUUAAGACCAAGAAAUAACAUACCAAGU